UGUGGUUGACUUCAGCGGUCUCUGCAAUGUGCGUGUGUUUGUUUUCAUUUUGCACUUGAGUCAUUCGACUUACAAAUAACUCGUUUCCCUCGUUGGGCGUCGCUAUCAGCGGCUUAGCAUGUACAGCGGACUCCUGCCCCAGGGUUUAACGGAAGCUGACCUCAGCUCAGAUGACGACGACAGUGUUCAGACACAGGAGAGAGGAGGCACAUCUAAACGUUAUCCCGAAAAUGUGAACGAUGUGAGGCAAACUAGUGUGUCAGUAGAGGACGUGGGUACGUCUUGCACGCUCUCUGAUCCAGAAAGUCCGUCCCCGAAACGCGGUUUACCUGGGAUAUCGCAUGACACAUGGCAAAAAUUCCAAAAGUUAAAGAAGAAGAAACACGAGGUUAAGAUGAUGAAGCCCCCCAGAAGGAGACACAGAAAAAAGCACAAGAAAGGGGAAGAAGAACAAGAAUCGACAGAGCAAAGAGAACAUCAAGUUGAGCAUGAAAAGCAUUGGAAUGGGCUUAAGCAGUAUUUCGGUGUAAACGACAGAUUUCAGCCUCCUGGCUGUGGUAAACCCCCUCCCAAGUCCGGCCUAGAAAAGAGCAUAGAGAGUGCCAUAGCUGAAGGGGACAUUGAAAAGGCGGAGGAGAUGAGCGACAGACUCGCCACUCGAGAGCUAGCCGUGAAAAUUGCACACGCCGCUGAUUGCCGUGACUUUGUGCAACGCAAACAGGAAGAGGAAGAUUUGCAGGCAGCCCAAAAAAGGAAAAAGCAAAUUGCUUGGGGGUUUGAAGCUAAGAAAAGAUGGGAGACUAAAAGCAACAUGGGCUACAUGUGACACGUAUCAAGGGAAAGGGGAGCGUCUGAGAAUUUUGCAUUUCUCUUUCUAAGUGAAAUCGACAACCGCUGUGCGAGAUAAGGGAGACUGUCUAUAUUUGUUAUUUUAUUUUAUAUGAUUUAAUCCCCGUUCAUUUUUUUUUUUACUUUUCACACCAGCAGAUUGUGAGGGGUAAAAGUGACAUGAUUAGCUGCAAAAAAAAAAAAAAAGCCCAUCCGGAGAGUUGAAGGAAAAAUUACGGAGGAUUCAAAUUAAUUCCUCGGGCACCCGGUGGUGGCUGCAUUGUGUGUUGUUUUUCAUCACAUUUCCGUGAUUUAAGUGCUCUGUCCCUUUUUCCCUUCAAAUUAAAUCUGGUUUACAU